AUGCCCUCCCCCGGCAAGACGUCCUGGACGGCCCUCGGCUGCGAGGGCUCCGCCAACAAGCUCGGCAUCGGCGUGGUGCGGCACACGGGCGCUCACGACACCACCAUCCUCUCCAACCUGCGCGACACCUUCAACGCGCCGCCCGGCGCGGGCUUUCUCCCCAAAGACACGGCGACGCACCACCGGCGCGAGUUCGUCGCGCUCGUGCGGCGGGCCCUCGCCGCAGCCGGCAUCACUGACCCGCGCACACAGCUCGACUGCGUCUGCUUCACGCAGGGCCCGGGCAUGGGCGCGCCGCUCACGUCCGUCGCCGUCGGCGCGCGCACGCUCGCGCUGCUCUGGGGCCUGCCGCUCGUCGGUGUCAAUCACUGCGUCGGGCACAUUGAAAUGGGCCGCACCAUUACCGGCGCCGACAACCCCGUCGUGCUCUACGUCUCCGGCGGCAACUCGCAAGUCAUUGCGUACGCCGAGCAGCGGUACCGCAUCUUUGGCGAGACGCUCGACAUUGCCGUCGGAAACUGCCUGGAUCGCUUCGCGCGCACGCUCGCCAUCAGCAACGACCCGGCGCCGGGGUACAACAUCGAGCAGAUGGCCAAGCGGGGCACCAAGCUGCUCGACCUACCAUAUACCGUCAAGGGCAUGGACUGCUCCUUUUCCGGCAUCCUGGCCGCGGUUGAUGCGCUUGCUGCGCAGGUCAAGGCGGGUACGGCGGAUUUCACGGCCGAGGACUUGUGCUUUUCGCUGCAAGAGACCGUGUAUGCCAUGCUCGUGGAGAUUACGGAGCGCGCCAUGGCGCACGUCGGCUCGCGGCAGGUGCUCAUUGUUGGCGGCGUCGGGUGUAACGAGCGCCUGCAGGCCAUGAUGGGCCAGAUGGCGGCGGAGCGCGGCGGUAGCGUGUUUGCGACGGACGAGCGCUUCUGCAUCGACAAUGGCAUCAUGAUUGCGCACGCAGGGCUGCUCGCGUACCGGGAGGGCUUCGAGACGCCGCUGGCCGAGAGUCAGUGCACGCAGCGUUUCCGGACGGACGACGUUUUUGUCAAGUGGAGAGACUAG